UUUUUAGAAUUUGAUUUAAAACAUCAUAUCCCAAAAUCCAUAUUUUUGUUGUAUUAUGGAUUCUUCAGGUACGACGAUUUGAUUUCCAUCAUGCUUUUGGUUGUAUAACUAGAGAUUAUAUUAGCAUAAGAUCAAAAAAAGAAUUUGAAUAUUUUUGGGAUGUAUUUUAUAACUUGUUUAUCCAUGUUUAGAUUUAAAAUUUAGUUGUAACUUUCUAGAAUAAAGCAUGUUAGACUUAUCACGGUAAAAACACAACCAAGUCGUUCUAGGCUAGCUCGCUUUCUUGAGACACAAGCAAGGGAAACCCUAGUAUUUGCUAAAGAAUAAGACCACCUAACGCAACCAAAAGACCGGAAAUAGAACGGUUCGGAAACUUUACAAAUGUUAUCAGGAUUGGCCCUAAAAGUUUGAUAACGGCUUUGAGUUCUAAUCAUCACUUAGAUGCAGCUUUCAGGAAAACAGUUUGGAAGAACCCUUUCAAUUUCAUCAACACAAUUAAGGUUCCUCGUGGCGGCCUAGGCGACAGUUAUUCACAUGUAAAAGAAGUUACGAAUGAUCUCAUCAAUUCCCAGAUUCCGUCCAUCAAACUUCACGAGAAGGUUACAGAUGUAUACUAUGAUUAUAUGCAAUUAAGUAAAGGAAUAAGCCAAGGGAAUGUAGAGGAUGUGAAAGAUUUCUUGAACCGAAGUCCAGGCGCAGUGGACGAAUGGAUAAACCCUUACGAGACACCACUGUUGAAAGCUUGCGCAUAUGGAAGACCCGAGAUUGUUAAAGUGCUUCUUCGUCGCAUGAAACCUGAACAAAUGCUUCCCAAGAUGAGCCAUAACACUUCAUACCACACACCUCUCACUGUUGUAGCAGUCACCGGAAACAUGGAGAUUGCCAAAUACUUGCUUGGCAAGAACUUUGGGCUGCUAAAGAUGCCGGGCAUGAAUGGACAGCUUCCAGCCGUGGUUGCAAUUGAGAACGGGCAUAAAGAGAUGGCUCGGUACUUUUACAUGAAAACUAUGCGUUCUCUGUUACUUGAUGAGGAUGGGUACCACGGUACCUUGCUCAUUAUCAACGCCAUCUACUACAAAAUGAUCGACAUUGCGUUGUGUUUUCUUUGCGCAAAGACACGCUACCUUGCCGUCACAAAACACUUGCAGAUAGAGUCGACUCCCAUCAUCGUUUUAGCUUCAAAACCGGACCUUUUUCCCAGCGGCUGCCGUCUCGGACCAUUGGAACGCAUUAUAUACGAUUGUAUACAAGUAAAGCUUCAGGCUAAUCCAGGUUGGUUUUAUCCGAAAAAAGAUCAGCAAACUACCCUGAUGAGGAAGCUGCUUAAGUGUCUCUCCAAAUGGACUGGAAUAGAUGAAGUGUACCAACUGAAGGUUAUGCAUCUACAAGCCAAGAAGCUUUUAUUGGUAAUAUCAGAAGAAACACGGGCCAUGGGAUUAAAGGAACGUUCCGAGACAGUGGGUGAGGCCUUACUCUUUGCAGUGAGGUAUGGGAAUGUGGAUUUCUUGGUGGAGAUGAUCAAGAACAACUCCGAGCUUCUAUGGUCCACGAAAACGAGCUUGAGUAGAACUCUGUUUCUCUUGGCCGUCGAGUUGAGACAAGAAAAAGUGUUUAGUCUACUCUACGGUCUGGACGAUAGGAAGUACUUGUUGCUUGCGGAAAGGGACUGUGAUGGCAAUGGUAUGCUUCAUCUCGCCGGCUAUCUUUCUCCUCCUUGCAAGCUCUCUACCGUUACUGGCGCAGCUUUGAAGAUGCAACGUGAGUUACAAUGGUUCAAGGAAGUGGAGAAAAUUGUACCAGAGAUGGAGAAGCAGAGAGUAAACACAAGUGGACAAACACCAAUCGAGAUAUUCACAAAGGAGCACCAAACAUUGCGGCAAGAAGCUGAGAAAUGUAUGAAAUACACGGCGAUGUCGUGCAGCUUAGUCGCGACUCUCAUAUUCACGGUCACCUUCGCGGCCGUCUUCACCGUCCCCAACUACAACUCACACGGCAAACCCUUUCACCUACGUGAUCGUGCUUUCACCACAUUCGUCGUCUCCGAUCUGAUCUCCUGCUUCGCAGCUUGCACCUCCGUCCUCAUUUUCCUCGGGAUACACACCGCAAGGUACUCCUUCGAUGAUUUCUUGUUCUCGCUACCGGCAAAGAUGAUCGCCGGACUCUCCAUACUGUUCGUUUCAAUCGGGGCAAUGCUUAUUGCCUUCUCGUCGGCCCUAUUCACGAUGAUGGAUAAAGAGAAAUGGAUCGUUGCUCCGACGAUCCUUCUCGCUUGUUUACCGGCGCUGCUGUUUGUUCUGCUUCAGUAUCCUCUCCUCAAAGAAAUGAUCUUUUCGACUUACGGCAAAGGAAUCUUCGGCAGAAACAUGAAAUGUUGGGUUGGUUGAAAGGCAUUAAACAAAAUAGACUAUAAUUAACAUACCUUAAAAAAACUAGUUUUAUACUUUCGUGAAGAAAAAUAAUUAUUUUAAUUAAUAUUUGCCGAACUUGGUUUUGAUCAUU